GGGUAUCCAAGUUCAGAGAAAAGCAGAAGCCAGAGAAUCGUGAGAAGAGAGGUUCCCCUGAGCCAUGGCUGCUAGUGCUUGUAGCUGCAACAGCGGCUUCUCCAACAGUUAUAUGCUUCUGAAGCCGGAAGAGGUGAAGUUCUUUGAUCUGUUACGCCUUUUGUUUUCCAGCAACCUCAAGAAGAGAAAAUUCGUGGAUUCCACUUCCGCCAGAGAGCACAACUUCUGGCACAGAUUCUUCAUCUUUCUCUCUAUCGUCGUCCUCAAGCUCCUCCGAUUCUUUGCCAAACCACUCGCCUUGCUGGGCUUCUUCCUCGAGUCCUGGCUCAACUUUAUCUCCGCAAACGGCGGCUUUUCCGGCAUUCUCCUCAACAUCUUACGAUUCAAGUUGAUAAUACCGGACAGCUCAUCGGCGGAGUACUUGUCAAUCAUUGGUCACUUGGAUAGCAGAGUAAGAUUGGACGAAAAAAUAAAGGCAGGUGAUGUCAACUACUUUGGAGCUCUCUGCAUGAUGGCUUCUAAGCUGGCCUACGAGAAUGAAGCUUGCGUUACACAAACUGUCAAUCAUGUCUGGAAGAUGGAGCUGUUGGGGUUUUUCAACUUUUGGAAUGGCUAUCAAGAAAAAUUCUCAACACAAGCGUUCAUGAUGCGGGAUAAAAAUGCUGAUCACGACACCAUCAUCGUGUCCUUCAGAGGCACAGAGCCCUUCAAUGCAGACGACUGGAGCUCCGACUUUGACAUCUCUUGGUACGAGAUUCAGGGGAUCGGUAAAAUCCACGGCGGAUUUAUGAAAGCGCUUGGGUUACAGAAAUCCAUUGGAUGGCCCAAGGAAAUAGACCCACAACAGCAAAGACGUCCUUUAUCUUACUACACCAUCAGAGAGAAGCUAAGGGAAGUUCUGAAAGAAAAUGAGCGAACGAGGUUUGUAGUGACUGGACAUAGCUUGGGCGGUGCUCUGGCCAUCCUGUUUCCUUUUAUUUUGGUGUUCCACGAGGAAAAGUUACUGCUGGAAAGAUUAGAAGGAGUGUACACAUUCGGACAACCUCGGGUGGGAGACGGGGAAUUCGGAGAAUUCAUGAUGAAAUCACUGUCGCAAUACAAGAUUCGGUACUACAGAUUUGUUUAUGGGUUCGACAUGGUCCCUCGGCUGCCCCUGGACGACAAGGCCUUGAUGUUCAAACACUUCGGACGCUGUAUUUAUUUCGACUGGAACUAUGUUGCGCAGAUUCUGGAAGAAGAGCCAUUCAAGAACUAUUUCUCGAUAGUAGGAGCGGUGCUGAUGAGAAUACAUGCAUGUUUUGAGAUAGGAAGAAGCUUCACAAUUGGGUGGAGAAGGGGAAAGGAGUACGAGGAAAGAGUUCUUUUAAGAAUUGUGAGGCUGUUUGGAUUACUAUUGCCUGGAGUUCCUGCUCAUUGUCCUCAAGAUUAUGUUAAUUCAACUCGCUUGGGCUCCGCAGAUCGUUUUCUGAACGAGUAUGAUGUCAAAAUUCAGUAACUUGUUCAUCUGUGAGUAUUACAACUCACAAACUUGGUACCAAUCUAUGUUUUGAAACUUCACACUCUUUACCA